CUCUUCAAUUGUGCGUAGUCAUUGUCCAUCUCCGUCGUCCAUCCACCCUCUAAUCCCAGCCGACAUCAAACCAUCCAAACAAUACCAGUACGACCUUGACCCCACCAUCCACGAUGGAUUUCCUCAAAGGCAUGGCCGGCGACGGCGACAAGAAGACCGAGGAGAAGCAAGCCGACAGCGGUAGCGGCGGCGGCUUCAUGGACAAGGUCAACAACUUCGCAGGCGGCGGUGCCAAGGGCGAGAAGAACGAGGACCACUUGGACAAGGCUGUCGAUUAUGUCCAGGAAAACUUCUUGGGUAAAGGUGACCAGAGCAACGAAAGCGCUGCCGAACAGGCGAAGGACGAGGCCGUCUCCGACUUCAUCCGCGACAAGUACAAGGAGACGACUGGCAAGGAAUUCUUCGUCAAGGACAAGGAUAAGGACUACGGCGCUUAGAGCGGAGACCCAGGAAUUUGAUAAAAAUGGUUCUUUUUUUUAUCUUUUGGUGGGAUAACGAGCUAUGAAAUAAAACAUGUCGCAUCUUCCGAAGAAGAUAUUAUUUUUUGA